AUGAAUUCUUCUAGAGUUAUUAACACCUUGUUCGGCUUCUUUGGCCGAAAGAAAAACAAAUUAAUUUGGACAGGAACACUUGGAGAUCUUAAAGCUUUCGUUCUGACGAUAAUUGAUGAGCAAGCAGCCCAAAGUUCGAAAUGGCAUUCACCUAGCGGCGGAAAGUGGUGCUUCAAUAGCGAGCAGCUAAAAGUUGAGUGGCACUCAAAGAGCGAAUCUAUAUCCUUUGAUGGAGCCAAAGCCAAUGAUUUAUGUGAUCAAAUACAUAGUGUCCUUUUAAAACCUGAUUAUCAAAAGAAAGAUCAAAACAGCGACCUUAACAAGUCAUUAGAAUCCUUCAUAGCUGACGCGAGCGUCGAAGCGUGCAAUAUUAAUUUGAACGAAUCGCCUAGAUUAUAUACUUCUUUACUGCAAGUCAGUAAUGUAUCCUGCCUAAAUAGCAAAGAUAUCAAUUGUGAUGAAAACCCCAGUAAUCCUGAAUUUGAAAUGGCAAAUUCUAAAUCUGGUACAGGCGAGAAUCAAUUAUCUCCUCUCAUUCAACACACAGACGAACGGCGUGAUGUGUUUAGGCAGUGCGAGUAUAAAAAACAUAGUUAUGCUCAUCGGGGUUUACGUGAAUCGGAAACAGUACACAUGCAAGACCCUGAUGCUACGAGCGGUGGUCCUUGCUGUGCCGAUUGUAUCAAGCAAAGAUGGGAAAUUGAUAAUCUAAAAACAGAAAUUACUUGUCUUAAGAAAUUUGUUUAUCGCGAAGGAGACAAAGCUGACAAGUCAAGCAUGGAUAUGCAAAUUUCCCGCCUUCAACGCGAUAAUUCAACCCUAAUCAAAACAGUCGAAAUGCUAAGUAGACAAUUGUUAAAUCAAAACGAAGAGAAUUCCACCAACGUCUCAAGUGAAUCAGAUGUAUACGUAAACCCACGACAUACGAAAGAGUCGGAUAUCCCUUCAACUUCGUCUAAAGAAAAGGAAAAGAAACUGAGAAAAAAGAAGAAGAGAAAUGUAAAUGAGUCAUCGUCACAGUCAGGGGUUGACCCACCUAAAGAAAUUGUAAAUAAAGCUGCUGGUAAUCCAUCAACUUCGACCGGUAACCGUAAGCCAGUAGUGGUAAUCGCUGGCGACUCAAUAGUAAAGAAUGUAGUUGGACCAUCUAUGAGCAAAUCUGACGCAGACCACCUCUACGUUGUUAAAUCUUUUUCUGGCGCAACUAUUUCCGACAUGGAGGAUUUUAUCAAACCUACAACCCGCAAGUCACCGGACAAAAUUAUCCUCCAUGUUGGCACUAAUGAUCUGAAAAAUUCUACGCCGAAAGUUAUUACCGAUUCUAUUUUGAAUCUGACAACCCAAAUCAAAGAGGAUUCUCCUAACUCCAUGGUAGGUGUUUCUGCGUUGUUAAUCAGAAAUGAUUGCCCGAUAUUAGCCACCAAGGUUAAUCAAGUCAACUCCACCUUAGAAAAUCUUUGUCAUAUGAACAAUAUUCCCUUCCUUAAAAACGCUAAUAUUAACACUAGUCACCUCAACAGUAGAGGUCUCCAUUUAAAUAAAUUAGGCAGUAUAUCCCUCCAAAACAAUUUCAAAGAGUUUAUAAAUAACUUAGAAAAUUGA